UGCCUUGCAACUGGAGGCAAACGUCAAGUCAGUCUACUGGAUGCUAGUACGGCACAGCCUCUAAGCCAUACCUGGCUAGAGCAUCGUAGCCUCCCAUGGGCACUAUCUGCUUAUUGAGGUAGACAUUAACGAAUGGUUUCUGCUCUUGCGUUAUAGCUGUAUAUUCCAAGUGGAGGUGGAAGGGUUUUCCUACCUGGAAAGCAAUCGACGUUCAUUACAGUUACAGAAGGGUGCUGAUGCCUACAACUUGUGGAAGUAUUAUUGAGCGUUAGCAGGGGAUAACAUCUAAGUUUGCGCCCGCGCUCUUACCUCUGGCAUAGCCGCUGUCAAAUAAACCAUGGAACAUUUCCGCUUAGGUUAGAAGUUAAGGCAUUGUUUGCAAGAAACGGCCGGCCAGCUCAGCUGCUUUCCCGGUGACAUUAAUAUGGCGAGUGGCGUCUCCAGCCUCUCCCGGAAACUCGACGGCGCUCCUCCAGUGCUGCCGCCGAUAUCGCCUCUUAUAGACCGGCGAAAGCUGUCUCCAUCGGCGUUCGAGCCAGUUGCGGAAGUCCUAGAGAAGAAUGGUUUUUCGGUCGGCUGGAACGACGGCAGCCUCCAGGUGGGCGGCUCUCCCGCUGCCUCUGGGCUGUGCACCCCUACCUUCGAGUCACCCCGGUCCAGCUUCCGGCCACGGACGUCGGGGUUCCUGAGCUUCAGCAAGGCCAGGGACAUCCACGGCCGGCCACGUACCUCCUCCACGCCAGCCCGUUCCGCCCCCGGCUGCGUCUGCAGCCCCGCCCCGCCCCGCACGCCCCAGCCGCGCCAGCAACCGCGCCUCUCCACGGAGCGCUUCUCCCGCAUCGGCAACUCCCCAGACACCGCAACCGCCGCCGCCGCCGCCAUCCCCACAACCCUCACCUCCAACCCCCUGGCAGCCAACAACACCGCCGGCGCUAACAGCGGCAACGGCACCCAAAGCAACAGCAACGGGCCCUCCGCGGAUGCCAGCAACUUGAACCACGGCAGCAGCGGUUCUCCAGCGAACAGCCACCACAGCAGCAGCAGCCACCACCACCCCGGCGGCCACCAUGCCUCCGCUCCCAGUCAAAGGCGGCCGGGCUCCGCUGCCAGCGCGCCGCUGCCUAGCUCGGCCCAGGUGGCCAACACGAUGGGCAUCAACAUCCCCAUGGAGAACCUCAGGGACAGCGAGCGGCCGGGCGCUGGGUCCUUCCAGCCGCCUCGCACUCCAGCGGGGGCAGCCGGAAACACCGGCAGCAGCAGCGGCGGCGGAGGUGGGAGUGGCGGUGGUGGGACCACCAUCAUCCAUGUGCCGCUGGGCACGCCCUCGCCUCAUUCGCCUCAGGCGCAGGCGGCGGCCUUCCGAGCCAGCCGGGGCCAGGCGCUCAUGGUGUUUAAUGAGCUCGACAGCGACAAGAACGGCAAGGUGACUCGCAGUGAGCUGGAGGCCGCCGCCCUCUCCCUGGGCUUUUCACUGGAGCAGGCGCAGCGGCUAUGGGACAGGCUGGACCGCACCCGCCGGGGCUACUUGGAGGCCACGGACUGGGGCAUCCGAGACGCCUUCCAGCAAAUCCAGCUCUUCUCCACGCGCUACCUCCAGAAGUACAUGGGCGUGCCGGAUGUGUCCUCCUCAUCCGAGCAGAUCCGCAAGUACAAUCGGGCUCAGGAGGUGAUGCAAGUCAAGUCGCUGCCCGCCGCAGUCAACAUGGCGCGAGCGAACGCAGUGGCUCGCGGCGCGCGGUGUGCCGGCAGCACCGGUAACCCCAUCCAUGACACCUUCCUCUUCAUGGAUGUGGACCGCAGCGGCGUGCUGUCCAAGGAGGAGAUUCGCGAUGCCUUCUUCGCAAUGGGUGUCUACCUGUCAGAUCAGGUCAUCGAGCAAAUCAUGGAGAUCUUUGACAAGGACAGGUCCGGAGCGGUCCAGUACCAUGAGUUUGAGCGUACCAUGUUUCCACCGGUGCGCUGAGCGAGCACCACCUGGGUCGGACUAAGAUGGCCGAUAUUGGUGUAUGCAGUUUUACAUCCGGGUCAGGUUUGGUUUUGGGAAGCAAUUGGUGUGAUGAGCCGAGUCUCAUGUGGCACUACCGGUAUGCGCGGCCAGCAUGCAGACACCACGUUGAAGGCUUGUUAUUCUGUUACAUCGCUGGUGAUAGCCAUGCAUUCAUGUUACGGGUGAGGCGCGACCAAGCUGACAACGCGUGCAUGAGCACUUCAGCCACUUGCAUAUGAACGGUGUGUUCGCCUGCUUCAAUUUAGAUGUGCUUGGAUUGGAGUUGCUGUACUUAUCACUCUUGGUUUACAUGUCCUCUACGUUAUCUACAAACCC